GGUAGUGACGUCAUAACCAAUAUCUUAACAGCUGGCUGUACGGCAUAAGAAAACACAGGGCUUUCCGACGAGCAAGAAGUGAACUUUUUCAACAGUCGCCAUCUUCUGACUCAACCCUCGAGGACACCUUCAUAAUAUUCGCUGCGAAUCGUUUUAUGGCAGUGUAUUUGCAACGAACUAUAUGAAGAAUAGAAAGUGUUAUGUCUGAUUUAUCGGAAAAUUAAUCGAACUGAUAGACUUUCUGUUCACUUCGUCGUAAAUUUUCUACCUGACUAACAUAUUUCCCAGGGGAGGUCAUUGGCACUUUUCUGACAAGGUCAAUACAGAAAAGGAGUGUUUAUGUGCCGAAGUUAGUGGCGUUAGGGAAAACGCCAGGCUGGAUCGUCGGACAUUUUCAAAUCUGUGCCAUAAUUAUAGACAUUUCUGCAUAAAAAGGACGUGAUGUAUCGUGUGAAGACUAUAUGUUGUGGCCUUGCCAGGCCUGCAACAUCCAUAAAAGUUCUGCAAUAUUGUAGACCCUGUUCACAGGUCAAAGUAUCUUCAGAUUCAAAAGACAGUCAAUUUAGCCGGGGUCCGACUGCUCGAAAAUAUGCGACCAAGGCUGCAGCAGAACCAUUCCUCAGUGGCACCUCAUCUGCAUAUGUUGAGGAAAUGUACAAUUCAUGGCUUAAAGAUGCCAACAGUGUCCACAAGUCUUGGGACUCCCAUUUUAAAAUGGUCUCAAAAGGCGCCCAGCCAGGAGAGGCCUAUGCCCGCCCUCCUGCCCUCGGUGGGAGCAUGAUUCCUGCAGGGGCCACAGGCAUGCAACCAGGGGCUGUGGGAGAGAAAGAAAUUACUGAUCAUCUGUCCGUCCAGGCCCUUAUAAGGGCAUAUCAGAUUCGAGGCCACCAUUCAGCAGACUUAGAUCCCCUGGGAAUCAGCCAGGCUACAAUAAACCAAGAUGGCCUCAACACUGACCUUUCUUACUCGCAUUAUAACUUUGCUGAUAAUGAUCUUGACCGAAAAUUUCGCCUGCCAAGAACAACCCAUAUUGGGGGAGAAGAAGAAAUGCUCUCCCUCCAAGAUAUUAUAUCAAGAUUGGAGAAUGUAUAUUGCCGCCAUAUUGGACUGGAAUACAUGUUCAUCAACAACCUAGAACAAACAGACUGGAUUAAGAGCAAGUUUGAGAAGCCAGGAAUCAUGGAGUUUACAAAUGAAGAAAAGCGUCUGAUAAUGGCCCGUCUCAUUCGCUCAACCAGGUUUGAGGACUUUCUGGCCAAGAAGUGGUCGUCGGAGAAAAGAUUUGGGCUAGAGGGCUGUGAGGUCCUCAUUCCGGCCCUCAAAACUAUUGUAGACUCGUGUACAGAGUGGGGUGUGGACACCUUCCAUGUCGGCAUGUCUCACAGGGGACGUCUGAACGUGUUAGCAAACUUGUGCCGUAUGCCUUUGGAAAAGAUCUUUUGUCAGUUUGACUCCAAACUGGAGGCAGCUGACGAGGGGUCUGGAGAUGUAAAAUACCAUCUGGGCAUGUCACAUGAGCGCCUUAACCGAGUCACGAACAAGAAUAUCAAAAUUGCUGUAGUGGCCAAUCCGUCCCACUUGGAGGCUGUUGACCCAGUAGUCCAGGGCAAGACGAAGGCAGAGCAGUAUUACCGUGGUGACACAGAGGGCAAAAGUGUGAUGAGCGUUCUGUUGCAUGGUGAUGCUGCGUUUGCCGGACAAGGUGUUGUGUACGAGACAUUUCAUUUGAGCGACCUGCCAGCCUACUCCACUCAUGGUACCAUUCAUGUGGUUGUAAACAAUCAGAUUGGCUUCACCACUGACCCACGUAUGGCACGGUCGUCCCCAUACUGUACCGACGUGGCUCGUGUUGUAAAUGCUCCGAUCUUCCAUGUCAAUGCCGAUUAUCCAGAGGAGGUGGUGUAUGUGUGUAAGGUUGCUGCAGAGUGGAGGGCAAAGUUUGGCAAGGAUGUUGUUAUAGACCUGGUAUGCUAUCGUCGAUUUGGACACAAUGAGACUGAUGAGCCCAUGUUUACCCAGCCUCUCAUGUACAAAAAGAUCAACAAACAACCCACUGUCUUGUCCAAGUACGCUGAAAAACUCAUCAAGGAAAAUGUUGUCAAACAACAUGAAUACGAGGAAGAGGAAAAGAAAUAUGAUACUAUCUGUGAAACUGCAUACAUAGAGUCUAAGAAGCAGACCGCAGUGAAAAACUCAGAUUGGCUUGACUCACCCUGGGGCGAUUUCUUCAGUAACCAGGACCCAAUGAAAUACCCAACAACUGGAGUCAGUGAGGACGUUCUUACACAUAUUGGAAAUCAAGUCAGUACUGCACCGGAAAACUUCGACAUUCACGGAGGUCUGAAGCGAGUGUUACGUGGUAGAGCAGACAUGGUAAAAAACAGAAUGGCUGACUGGGCCUUAGGUGAAGCAUUGGCCUUCGGUUCAUUGGUCAAGGAAAGCAUUCAUGUCCGACUCAGUGGACAGGAUGUGGAGAGAGGCACAUUCAGUCAUCGCCACUGUGUGCUGCAUCACCAGAACAAGGACAAGGUCACUUACGAACCACUUAACCACCUCUACCCAAACCAGGCCGAGUUCAAAGCCCACAACAGUUCACUGUCUGAGUUUGGUGUCCUUGGGUUUGAUCAUGGCUAUUCCACUGACAAACCUAAUGCUCUGAUUAUCUGGGAGGCUCAGUUUGGGGACUUCCACAACACUGCCCAGUGUAUCAUUGACCAGUUCAUCUGUAGUGGUCAAGCAAAGUGGACACGCCAGAGUGGACUUGUCAUGUUGCUUCCUCACGGUUAUGAUGGCAUGGGCCCAGAACACUCAAGUGCCAGACUGGAAAGAUUCCUUCAGAUGUCCAGUGAUGACUCCGAUCACUAUCCUGUGGAAAAUGAGAACUUUGAGAUGCAGCAACUGUAUGACAUCAACUGGUUUGUGUGUAUGCUGUCAACUCCUGCAAAUAUAUUCCAUGUCUUGCGCCGACAGAUUGCUCUCCCUUUCAGGAAACCUCUGAUUAUUAUGACGCCCAAGAACCUGCUACGUUUGCCUGAGGCACGGUCAAGUUUUGACGACAUGUUGGAAGGCACCAAGUUCCAGCGUGUCAUACCAGAGGCUGGGGAUUCAUCAGAGAAUCCAAACGCUGUAAAGAAACUGAUCUUCUGUAGUGGGAAGGUCUACUAUGAACUGGUCAAGGAGAGAGAUUUAAAGGGCAACGCAGAUAAAAUUGCCAUUUCUAGGAUAGAACAGAUUUCGCCAUUCCCAUACGACCUGGUGAGGAAGGAGAUUGAGAAAUACCCCAGAGCUAAAAUCAAUUUUGUCCAGGAGGAGCAUAAGAAUAUGGGAGCCUGGACCUAUGUACAGCCUCGCAUAGCCACUGUGCUUAAGCACAUCAACUCCAAACGUGAAGCCAAAUAUGUUGGACGAGACCCUUCAGCCGCUGCAGCUGCUGGCAACAAACAACUUCACAUGCAGGAGCUCUCAAAAUUCCUCAAUGAAGCAGUGCACAUUUAAAGGGAGGCAAUCAAGAUCUAUGAUUAAAAAAAGGGAGAAAAGAAUUCAACUUAAAUUUUUUUUUUUAAAUAUCAAAAGAAACAGACUUGCAGAAAGAUUUUGUAUAAUUCAUGCUACAAGUUUCUAUCCUAAAGGUCAUGUGACAUUGUGAUUGGUUACUGCUGGAUACUGUUGGUGUUGUCAUGAAUACCAUAGUUAUUCAAGUUUUUGUCUCUUGCUGCCACAGCAAAUGCUCGAUCUGAUUUUUGUGGGGACAACACAACAAUAUUUCAGUGUUUACUUUAGAUCCACAUAGCAAUUUGUCUUAGCUCUGUACACAGCACAACCUAUAGGUAUCGUUACAUGGAGACUGGUGGAUAUUGUUCCAUUACAGGAUUCCAUUUGUACAAGACUUCGUGUGAUCCCCGAGACUAGUGCCAGCUCAAUUACAUGAAAGACCAGUUAAAGUUUGUCAUGUGAUCAGUUGAUAUUCAAACUAGGCCUAAGUUUUGUUUAUUGAGUCACCAUCUUUACACAUCUGACCAUAUCACCCACUAUUGCAAAAUCAAUUGACUCAAGGUUUAGAAAGUCACAUGGCGCUUCUUAGAUACUGGAAAUUUUAUCAAAUAUAUGUUUGUUGGAAUUACAAAAUCAGUAUUAAGUAAAUGAAGUUGUUCAUCACUUCAGCUGUCAAGUUUGCAUCCAACAGGUAACCAUGUCAAGAAGACUUGAAAAUGUCUAUGAUGAUGAACAUACCUUGUUCAUUUUCUUUGUCUACAUGUUUACAAAACAAAUCUCCACAAGAUUGAGCUUUGUCUACAUGUUAACAAAACAAAUCUCCACAAGAUUGAGCUUUGUCUACAUGUUUACAAAACAAACCUCAACAAGAUUGAGCUUUGUCUACAUGUUAACAAAACAAACCUCAACAAGAUUGAGCUUUGUCUACAUGUUAACAAAACUAAUCUCAACAAGAUUGAGCUUUGUCUACAUGUUAACAAAACUAAUCUCAACAAGAUUGAGCUUUGUCUACAUGUUAACAAAACUAAUCUCAACAAGAUUGAGCUUUGUCUACAUGUUAACAAAACAAAUCUCCACAAGAUUGAGCAACAUAACACUACCAAACAUAAAAAUUAAGUUUCAAUUUUAAUUUGAUAAGCUAACAGAUAGAGUCUCCUAGUUAAACAACCUGAUGUAUUAUGACUCACUUUACUGUAUUUUGAUGGAUGGUAAUCAUAUGUAGACAAGUAUUUAUAAAAUCACAAGUCAGACCUGAAUUGGAUGAAAUGGUAACUCCACUGAUUUAACAAACACCUGGUUAGACAUUUUAACAGAUUGUAUAUUUAAACAAAACAUAAUCACAUGGCUUCAGGUUGCACCAACUGCCCUCUAUUUAUUUUGUGGUUUGAGCUGGGGACUGUUAAAACAUUGAAUACCAGGUAUAUUUUUGUUGGCGUGUAUAUAUUUUAUCUGGGUUUCUAAUUAAACUACAAGCAUCUGCUGUAAAUAUGUGUUAAAAAGAGGGCUCAGUUGCUCAGGAUAGUUUGAUAAAAUCAUAACAUAUUUUCACAAAUUAUUUAAUGCUUCACUUUUGGAAGAUAAGAAGUUACAAUUUUAUCUUUCCACUGUAAGAUUUUUUUUCAUUUGACUUGUAGUUCAGCUAAUAUUGGUUUGAGCUUCUGAGAUCUGAUGUUUUAUAUAACAACUGUUUCCUGUUUUGUUCCUGGUCCAUGAGCAUUUUAGUCUGAGUUUAACAAUGAAUUUAUACAUUGGUCAAUGUACAUUGUAUUUAAAUCAUUGAAUGACCAGUAAGAAAUUUACUUACAUUACCUCCCCUUACAUAAUGAGGAAAUAAUUACUUCCCCUUGAUUAAAAAACAGUCCAGUGUUGUUGAAACAUGGAGAAUAUAACGUAUGUGUGUUCGGUUGAUUUUCUUUGGUCAUCGUAAGAAACCAAUAAUCAGGAUUUUACAGUUAUUUCAAUGUAUAGCUAGUUGAGACCAUGAUAAAGUUGCCAGUAUCUAGUUCUUGUUUUACUCUGCUAAACAUAAAUUCCAAGCUGUGACAUUGUGAAUGACUUCAUCACAAAAAUUACUUUCAUACCACCAAAAUCUCUUGGGAGGAAAUUGCAUGAUAUUAUAAAGUAAUGGAGUUUCAGUGUAUAUUUGUCACAAAAUGCCAUAAAAAGUUUGUGUUCUGAUGUACAUAUGAUCUCCAUAUAUUUGUCUUUUAAAACAAGUUGAUAAAUUGAUGAUAAGAUUCUCGAGCUGUGUUGUGUUGGCCUCUUAGAAGGCUCUUAAUUAGCCCCAAAUUGACUUAAAAUGGGAUGAAUAUUGAAUGGAUUACAUAAAAGUUUAGGAUGGGGAGACGGAUGGUGUUGGUAAUAUAGCCUAGGUAGAUUCUAUUUAGGAUAGGUGAGUCUAGGAAACCAGAUAAUAUAGCCUAGGUAAAUCCUAUUUAGGAUAGGUGAAUCUAGGAAACCAAGUAAUAUAGCCUAGGUUAAUUCUGUUUAGGACAGGUGAGUCUAGUAAACCAGGUAAUGUAGCCUAGGUUAAUUCUGUUUAGGACAGGUGAGUCUAGUAAACCAGGUAAUGUAGCCUAGGUAAAUCCUAUUUAGGAUAGGUGAAUCUAGGAAACCAGGUAAUAUAGCCUAGGUUAAUUCUGUUUAGGACAGGUGAGUCUAGUAAACCAGGUAAUGUAGCCUAGGUAAAUCCUGUUUAGGAUAGGUGAGUCUAGUAAACCAGGUAAUAUAGCCUAGGUUAAUUCUGUUUAGGAUAGGUGAGUCUAGUAAACCAGGUAAUGUAGCCUAGGUAAUUCUGUUUAGGAUAGGUGAGUCUAGGAAACCAGGUAAUGUAGCCUAGGUAAAUCCUGUUUAGGAUAGGUGAAUCUAAGAAACCAGGUAAUGUAGCCUAGGUAAAUCCUGUUUAGGAUAGGUGAGUCUAGGAAACCAGGUAAUGUAGCCUAGGUAAAUCCUGUUUAGGAUAGGUAAGUCUAGGGAACCAUGUAAUAUAGCCUAGGUAAAUCCUGUUUAGGAUAGGUAAGUCUAGGAAACCAGGUAAUAUAGCCUAGGUAAAUCCAUUCGGAACUCCUCGGGUGUAUUUUUGAAGAAGACAAAAGGAGACGUUCCGGAUGAGGUAAAUCCUGUUUAGGAUAAGUAAGUCUAGGAAACCAGAUCUGCAGUUUAUAUUCAGUGGCAUUUUUGUUUUGACUUUUUACUCAUUGGCUUCAAUUGUUUGAAUUAUAUUGUAAUUUAAAUGGACUGAUUCUGUGAUUGUUUAAUACAUGGCUAGAGUUUGGAAUAUAUUGGAACAGUUAAAAAUCUAUCUGUUUUGUUGCAUUUAUGAGUUUUAAGCAGGUUCAAAAUUCUACUGAAAAAACAAAUCCAAAAUUAGUAUGGUCACUCAAAAUACAUCGCUAUCGUGACAAUCAGACAACCAAUUAGGGUGGUUUUUACAGAGAUGGGAUACAUGUAUUUUUUUGCCACUCUACCAAUUAUUCAUACCGGUAACAUAAUAAGUAUUAGGUGAUAGGAAAUCCAAGGAUUUUGUGAAGGUCAGCAUUUAUAUAUUUGACCUUUGGAAAUUAGAUGUAUUUGUAAUGAGCAGUGCCUUUGUAUGAUAAAGGUAGAUUUAGACUUUCCUACAAUAUUUGGUUGAUUCUUUUGACAAAUUGAAUUCAUUUUUACCAGAACUGGAUUCAAUAAAUUAAAGUUCAAAUUGAUUCAACCAGCAGCUUUAAAAUCUGUGUGUAAAUGUUAUGUACAUAUUUUAUUUGACAGUCUUUUUCACUAGUUAUCAUGUUGGUUUUAAUUUAAGAUAUUGUUAGUACUUUCUUUCCGCAUCUAUUAUUUUUAGUUUUCAAAAAAUUUUAUUAUUGAUUUUGUUAUCACUAUAAAUAUUCCAUUAAAUAUGGUAGCAUUUCCUCUCUUUGAAAUGUAAUCUCAUUUGUUUCAUUUUAUAUGAUUUUCAAAGAGUGCCAAUUAAAAUUGCUUUGCUGCAGAUUUUUCAACAAAACUUUUAAUGAUGAACUUGUCAAAUUUUGAGAAGUGGAAUUGGUAUUAAGAAAUAUUUUUAAAGAAGUUUGUUACCUUUUAUGGGUUCCACUUUCAAACUAAAUACUGUGUGGUUUCCAAAUAACUUUUAACAAAGCCGAUCAUGCUUCAGUUCCUAGUUAUCAACUACAAAAGUUUCUUGCAAUCAUUCACUUCUCAAAUGUUAUUACCAAUAACAAGUUGACUGGUAGAAGCAAGGAGAAAUUAAUCAACAAGGUUAUAUUUACUUGUUUGUAUCUUUAAAAGAUCUGCAGUAAACUGUUUUUGAUUGACCCAUUUAAAACUGAUUUCUCUGUAUUAUGAUGGAAAUAAUUGAAUAGACAUGUCUGAUACAUAUUGACAUCACCUGCCCUAUGAAAGGCUGUUUUAUGAUAUUAUUGUGAGCGAAAUGUAAAUUUUUCUGUAGAUUUGUAGACUGAAAACAAUGCCAUUUGAGUUUUUACUCUGCCAUAAUUGAUUCUCACCACAGAAAGUUAGAGCUAUUAUAAAUUAUGGUGGUAGAUUACAAUGAAUGGCACGGUAAUUUUAGUUUUUAAUUCAGAUCUAUUUUACAACACAGAAAUUGAGGAUUGUGUAUGAUAGAUAUAUAUCGACUGAUUAUCAAAGUACUGAAAGUACUGCCAGAUCUCUUAUUCUGCUAUAUUAUCAUUCAUAAAUAAUACAAUAGUGGUUUACAUCACUCAAUUUUCUUUCAAGACAGAAUUGUGUUACAGCAGAUAAGGUAGCUUACAUCAAUUACACAAAACAAACUGUGUUUUCUUCUGGUCUGUAACAGUGGCACUCUCUAUUUAUAUAAUGGAACUGUGGUUUUUUUUCAAUGACAAAUUCCAGAAUUAACAUAAAAAAUACAUGAGAAA